UAUCCACCGACAACUAUGUAAGUUGUAACUUGUAACCAAUCUUGCUAGGUCCCAACUCGGACUCAGCUAUGAUAUAUAACAUACCUGCAUCAUUCCAUGCAAUGCUAUAUAAAUCACUUUUUCUUCUCCAUUUACAUAACUCAAUUUCACUCACUUUUCAUCAAUAUAUACCUAUUGGGCUAAACUUAGCAUCUUAAUAGUAUAUUAUAUGAAUCCCUCAAAAAAAAAAAAAAGUAUAUUAUAUGAAAUGAAUCAUGGAAUAUCAAAGAUCCUUCAGCAACGACUCUAAUAACUUCCAAAAAAAGUUAACUACCACACGUACUCUUUCUUCACAACACAGCCUCGCAUCAAUUCCUUCACUCAACUCAAACUCACAACAAUUUCAUAAUUCUUCCUUCACAUGCCUCACAACUCUGAAAUUCCACACUUACAUAUCCUCUUUAACACUUGUCGGAAAAUUUCUCUACACUGGUUCAUCCAACACAGAAGUCACAUCAUGGAACCUUUCUCAUGUUCAUUCUCACCCUCAACAAUCAAUUAACACUAACACAAUAGUAUCUGGAAAUGGUGCUGUGAAAUCCAUUGUAGUUCAUUCAGACAAGCUUUUCACUGCUCACCAAGAUAACAAAAUCCGCGUUUGGAAAAUCACCAAUAUCAACAACGAAUCUCAACAACAAAAGUUCACCCAUUUAGCCACACUCCCAACAUUCAUAGACCGUUUCACGAAAAUCUUUAUCCCGAAAAACCAUGUUAAUAUUCGAAGGCACAAAAAAUGCACAUGGGUGCACCAUGUUGACACAGUCUCAUCUCUUGCCUUAUCUAAAGAUGGAACCUUAUUGUAUUCUGUUUCAUGGGACAGAACAAUCAAAGUGUGGAAAACCAAAGACUUGACAUGUUUGGAAUCAUUGCAAAACGCACACGACGAUGCAAUAAACGCAAUCACAGUUUCUAACGAUGGAUAUGUUUACACCGGAUCAACAGAUAAAAAAAUUAAGGUUUGGAAGAAAAAUAAAGGAGAUAAGAAACAUUUGUUAGUUGAUACUUUGGAGAAGCACAGAUCUGGGAUUAAUGCAUUGGCUCUUAACAGUGACGGUUCGGUUUUGUAUUCCGGUGCAUGUGAUAGAUCAAUAUUGGUAUCUGAAAAAGGUGAAAAUGGUAAUUUGAUAGUCAUAGGUGCUCUACGUGGUCACACAAAGUCUAUAUUGUGUUUGGCUGUGGUUUCUGAUUUGGUGUGCAGUGGUUCUGAGGAUAAGACAAUUCGAAUUUGGCGAGGUAAUACUAAUAAUGUUCUUAGAGAGUAUUGUUGUUUGAGUGUUUUGGAAGGGCAUAAAGGUCCAAUUAAGUGCCUAACUAUUGUGUUUGAUCAUUUUGAUCAACCGUCUGAAGCAUCUUUUCUUAUCUACAGUGGAAGUUUGGACUGUGAUAUUAAGGUUUGGAAGAUUUUUGUUCCUCUUCUAUAAACUGUAUAUAUCUAAUUUUAAACUCCUCCUUCUCUUUUGGAAGUUUUAUAUUCUUUUUCGAACCUUGGAUUUCUCAA